AAGUCACACGUUUUAUGUGACUUUGUCCUCAGGCGGUCCCAGGUGCCCCCCCCCCCCCUCGUCCUCACUUACCUGCCCGGUGAGUCAACACCUUCGCUCGCAGGGGGACGAUGUCCAACCCGCCGGACGCUCCUGCUCUUCUCAAAGUUCACUGGAAACGACAAGGAAGCGGGGGGGGGAAACUAAACAACAGCACGAGUUUGAACAGAGUGUGAGGAGACGAACAAAAUGAAGGUGUUGUCCUUCCUGCGGUCAGUCAGGGACCCCCCCCCUGAGGAUAUCCACAUCUCCUCGCUGCCUCCCAGUUUUCCCACAGAUCAGGAGGCAGAGCAAACUGGAGGACAAGCGGGUGAUGUGGCGGGAGACAAAGCGGUGAUCCAGACCACACACACACAAAGAGUCUCUGCUCCCUCGGUCUUCCUCCAGAAACAGGAUAACGAACCAGUCUCUAGUACUUACUUUGAGCAAAGGGUCCCUGUCCCCGAGGGGGACGGUCAGAUGGCUAUCAGUCUCCGUAAGCUGUGGGCCUUCACUGGGCCGGGGUUUCUGAUGAGCAUAGCGUACCUGGACCCGGGUAACAUCGAAUCUGACCUGCAGUCUGGUGCUAAAGCCGGCUUCAAGCUCCUCUGGGUGCUGCUGGCAGCUACCAUCAUCGGUCUGCUGCUGCAGAGGCUGGCGGCGCGGUUGGGCGUGGUCACCGGGAUGCACCUGGCUGAAGUCUGCAACCGCCAGUACCACAUUGUGCCUCGUAUCAUCCUGUGGUUGAUGGUGGAGCUGGCGAUCAUCGGCUCAGACAUGCAGGAGGUCAUUGGCUGCGCCAUCGCUUUCAACCUUCUCUCCUCUGGCAGGAUCCCCUUGUGGGGCGGGGUCCUCAUCACCAUCAUCGACACGUUUGUCUUCCUCUUCUUGGACAAGUAUGGUCUGAGGAAGCUCGAAGCCUUUUUUGGAUUGCUCAUCACUAUCAUGGCCAUCACAUUUGGAUAUGAGUACGUGACGGUGAGCCCAGACCAGGGCCAGCUGCUGAUGGGGAUGUUCGUGCCGUACUGCAAGGGCUGCGGGCCGGUCCAGCUGGGUCAGGCGGUCGGCAUCGUGGGAGCCGUCAUCAUGCCUCACAACAUUUACCUCCACUCUGCUCUUGUCAAGUCCCGAGACGUUAAUCGGUCGAACAAGAGGGAAGUAAAAGAGGCCAACAAAUAUUUCUUCAUUGAGUCGACCAUCGCGCUGUUCAUCUCUUUCCUCAUUAAUGUCUUUGUGGUGGCUGUUUUUGCCGAGGCUUUCUACAAACGCACAAACAUAGAGGUGCACAACGUCUGCAGUCAGUCAGGGAGUCCUCACUCACAUCUGUUCCCUCUGAACAAUGAAACUCUAGAGGUGGACAUCUAUAAAGGAGGGGUGGUGCUGGGCUGUUUCUUCGGCCCGGCGGCGCUCUACAUCUGGGCCGUGGGGAUCCUUGCAGCCGGGCAGAGCUCCACCAUGACCGGGACGUACUCUGGCCAGUUUGUCAUGGAGGGUUUCUUGAACCUGCGCUGGUCGCGUUUCGCUCGGGUGUUGUUGACCCGCUCCCUCGCCAUCACGCCCACCCUGCUGGUGGCCAUCUUCCAGGACGUGCAGCAUCUUACAGGCAUGAACGACUUCCUCAACGUGCUGCAGAGCAUGCAGUUGCCAUUCGCCCUCAUUCCCAUCCUCACUUUCACCAGUUUGCCGUCUCUCAUGAAUGACUUUGCCAAUGGAUUGGUGUUUAAGAUCGGAGGAGGACUGGUGAUCUUGAUCGUGUGUGCCAUCAACAUGUACUUCGUUGUGAUUUAUGUGACUGCACUCGACAGUGUGUGGCUGUAUGUGCUGGCAGCGUUCCUCUCCAUAGCAUACCUGACAUUUGUGGGAUACUUGGUCUGGCUGUGUCUGAUAGCUCUGGGGGUGUCCUGUCUGGAUCCGGCCUACAGGAGGGGGAACGACGCCGCCGUUCUGAUCGAGCCGCAGCCAGAGUUCAACUCCUGAGUCGAGCGUCGGUUCGAGCGGACGUUUGUUAAAAAGCUGCGGCGGGGAGCGACCCGACUGUUCCACCACAUUUUAGUCUUCUGUGAUGCUGAUUUAUUUGUACAAGGAGUUUGUUCACUGUCACGUGGAAUUUUGUAUGAAUGGUGCGGCAAGUGUACAUUACUGUGCAAACCUUUCUGGCACAAAAGGUAAAUUUAGGAUGCUUUAAAAAAUAUUGUCACAGACAGUUUUUAUUUACCAAUUAUCCUCAUACAAGGUGCUGUAAUGAGAAAAAAAAAAAAACUAAAUCAAAUUAAUAUCUGGUGUGACCACACAGUUUUUCAAGGUACUUGGCAGGUAGGUUGCCGGCUACAGGAACAAGAACUUACCGCAGUUCUCCUGUGGAUUUAGGAGAACUGUGACGUGAUCCCAGACUGACUCCAUGAUGUCGAGAUCAGGAUGUGUGGGGGCCAGACCACCUAUUGCAGGACUCCCUCUUCCUCUUAGUUCUUAAUGACAGAGUCAUUAAGCUGUAUGUUUGGGGUCGUUGUGUCCUGCCGCAGGAUGAAUUUGGGUCCGAUCAGGCACCUCCCCGAUGGAGUCGUGUGAUGGAUACGAAUCUAAACAUCAAACCGUGCCUGAGACUUUUGCACGGGACUGCAGUUAUUUCGUAAACAAGAACAACCGUUAUUGUUAUCGUCUGUACCUUCGGUCACACCCCAAUCCCUGAUUGUACAGUGAGAUUAAGAUGAGAACACGCAACACACAAGAAACACGAUCUCGGGGUUUCUGCGGGUUCAUCAAGUUGGAUUUGGGACUUUUUAAGACCUUUUUCAUACCACGUAGAAUCUAAUUUAACACGUUUCAUGACCAAACAGGCCAAAGUAUGAAAGUAUGAUGGAAAACCAAUAGAGACGACAUGGACUAGAAUUACUUAUCAUUAGAUCAGAUUUUUCUUCACUGCUUCCCAGCAGUGGCAAUAAUUUUGUUUUUCAAUGUAUUAUUUAUUUCUAAUUUCUUUUACUCUUUUAUUUGCUCUUUAGUUUUUUUUUUCACUCUUAAACUUUGAGCUUUUUUUUUUUUGAGGAAACCUGAAUUCAAGAUUUUUAUUUUUAUUUUUUAAAGACUUUUGAAGACCCGCACUUACCCUGCCGUCCCCAUGCACUCUCUCUUUCGGCCACGGGGAGGCGGUGCAGGCUGCAGGAGAGACUCCUCCGCUUACAGCAAACGUCUCGCCGCCAGAGCUGUGCAACGCAACGCAACGCAACACAACGCGUUAAGUGACACGGUGCGUUACAUCAUGUUUUGUGCGUUGUUACGGGUUGCGCGGCAACAACGUUAUUGCAUCGAACACACCGGACAAAAAUAGCCGCGGCGACGGGACCCGACCCCCCGCGUUCCCCGGUGUGCGUUCAGACGCGGCUGGCGCGGUGGUCUGUCCGAAGAGCUGCAACUAUUGUGCAACUGCAAGCAGGAAAGCACUGCUGGUUUCAGGGCUGCUCGAAUUCCAGUCCUGAAGUUCUUGAGCCGAAGAGAGGCAGAUGGACAGGUUUUUUCUUUGCAUUGUGGCGGGGAACUUUUCUCUUUUUUCCUCCCUCUCUCCCUCUCUCUCUCUCUCUCUCUACCUCCCUCUCUCCCUGUCAUGGAGGCAGAGUUAUGUAAGAGGGGAGAGUCUUCCCACCGCCCCUCUCUGUUUUUGUUUUUCUCAAUGAGCCAAUGUAUCCCUGCCUAGGCCUCACAGCCUGGCCAGUAGGCCCCUUUCCUGGAAACAUAGCCUAGCAGAGGCCACUCAGGGGCAGGCCUGCGAGGUGGGAGGAGGAGGGGAGGGGGGGGGGGCCCUUCCAGCAAAUCACAUGAUUGUAGACCUUACAGUCCCAGCCCUACAUGAGGCUCAGAUGCUGCAAGCACAUUUCAACAGCUAGUUUGUCAUCAGCAUGAUUGGAUGUGGCUAAUGCACGGCAGAGUGCAUAAGGCUGUAAGUAGACGCUGUGGAUUCCCAGGUGUCAAAUGUAGAAAUAGAACCACAACACCUGAUGGAUGGACUGUGUGUGUGUGUGUGUUUGUUUUGUUUUUUUCAACUAAUGUCAACAUCACCACUGAUUUUUUUUAAUUUAUUUUUUUAUUUUUUGGUUGGAUUUUGUCACAUGUACCAGAUGUUUGGUAGAUAAUUCGGUGGAAAUGACUUUCUGAAUCUUCUCCUGAGGAACGAUCGUUUGGCCCUCGGUGUGUUUAGAGCCGAUUUUGUGAGGGUGUGAUCUGAGCUACUUUAACAAACUGUGAUGUAUUCGUGCUGUACAUUUUGCCACCAGGCUACAGCCGAUGACAUGUAAGGGACUAACAGACUUAAGUCGCUGAUUUAUUUUUGAAAAAAAGUUAUCCUGGAACCACCAAAAAAAAGAAUUGGCUGAUUUAAUGAGAUGCAAUUAUAAAAAUCAUUAAAUGUGUUAUGUGUGUUGUAAAAAAAAAAACCAGUUCCACUAAACAAACACAAUAAAGCACAACAUAGAAUUACAACCGCUGUAUGUCAGGUAUGUCAAGAUACUCACAUCUGUUUGCAUCAUGACUUGUUUUCGUGUCUUUCCCUUUCACUCUCUGGGAUUUAACUGUGCUGAAUUUCCAGCCUCAGGUUCGAAAUGUUGUACACUUGUGAUCGACU